ACUGGUCACGUGAUUUGAUCAGCAUUAUAUAUUGCAGCCAGACGUAGACGUAAACACUGAAUCUACUGACACAAACGUUGUACAAAAUCUACUUAAAUCCUUUGCAUUGUAAUUUAUUUUCUCAGAUUUGUGUCUUAAAACAAACUUUAUGUCCAUCAGUGAGAACAUUCCGCUGAAUAUUUCAGCACCAGGAUCAGAUAUCUUUGUGAAUGAGCCUUCCAAUGCUCCUGAUAAAAAGGUGCACAUUCGCAUCCAACAGCGAAACGGCAGGAAAACUCUUACUACCAUUCAAGGGAUAGAUGAUGAUGCUUAUGAUCUUAAAAAAAUCCUGAAAGUAUGUAAAAAGGAAUUUGCAUGCAAUGGUACUGUGGUGGAUCACCUAGAGUACGGCCAGGUGAUUCAGUUACAGGGCGACAAGCGUACCAGCAUAAACGAUUUCUUAACACAAGUCGGCAUAUGCAAGAAGAGCCAAGUCCAGGUCCACGGUUUUUAAACCUCCACGCAUGCACACUCGGCACUCGGUCUACACGUACGUCAUACAUUCUAAUUCGGGGAGGUGUCAACGAUCUCUCUCAUUCAUGCACCAAACACGAGUUCUAUUAUUUCAUGAGAGGCAUAUUCAAACGUAUAUGCCAUCCAAUGCCCUCUGAUCAAAAUUGCAGAUUUUACACAAAUGUGAUCUCCUCCUGCUCACGAUUUUAGAAGCGAAUCAACGGAGGCAAACGUAUGUCAGCACAGCGCAAAAGUCUUAGACAAAAUUUCAAGAAAUCAUGUUGCAUUGAUGCUCUUCAUUAGCAAUGUGGCAGUAUUCCUAGCCACAUUGGUGCACUAUAUCGUAUUUGAUCUAUGGGUCAUUGUUGAUACAUGACUGAAGAGUCAUAUAUCUCUAUACAUAUAUAUAUACAUGUAUAUCAGUACAGAUAAUUUGCGGAAGGUUUUAUGCACCAGAAAUAAAACAAAUAAUGAUCAAAUUCUUGCUGGUCCUGUUUUAAUUGAAGUAUUACAUGUACUUUACAUAGCAUUAUAGGAGAGCAGCAAAUAGCAUAUAUUAUAUGAUGAGAGGAUGAUAUGACAGGUAACUUUACUUUUCAUUGCAAGGAUUAGUAAUGUUCAGGUAUAAAUAAGUAUAUAAGAAGAUUUUAUUAAUUCACAUAUGCAUGCUAUUUCAGAAGCUUCUUGAGAGAUUAAACUCAAAUUUCAUCUUCCUCUUAAGUUAACUGAAGUAGAAUUUUAACCGUAUACAUUUUUCAACUAUGAUGUAACUUUCAAGAGACGGGCUAAUUAUAUGAUCGGAUUGUUAUUUAGAUGUUCGUCGCAUUCAAGUCAUUUAUUAACUGUUCCAGUGUUAUAGUUAUUUUUUCUCAGUUGUUUGACUAGUCUCAAUCUAGAAUGCUUUGUUGGCAGCCAGAUAAAGUAGCCUUUUUCACAUUCACUUCCACAGCUCAGCAUAGAACAUGUCACAAACUUAAUUCAAAUUUCAAAAUGUAGAAGGAAAUUAUUGUUCCGAAGCCUUUCCUAAUCUAACUUUUUUAUUUUUAUUUUGUAUACAUGUGUGUGUGUGUGUAUUUCUGGCUGUUUGAUUUUAUGAUAGCCGAAAUCUUGCUUGUUUCAUUUCACAAUGCAGUGUACGUUGAUUGUAAAACUUCUUAUAAUCACUUGUCAUGAACUAACAUAUUAUGAAAUAGGGGUUGAAUUGUGGUGAGCUGAACUUCGUUUAUCUUGCAUUUCAAUGAAGAAAAUGAGAGUGGAUGGUGUUUCACAAAGAUCUAAGUGUGACAUCAAAGUUAUGCUUAAGUGCCAAUGAGCAAAUUAUUUAAUACAUAUUGGGGGGUGUUUCACAAAGAUUCAUGUAUGACUUAAGAGUCGCACUUAAAUACCAAGUUGCUUACAGUAUAAAAGGCUUGACCGCAUUGGUCAGAUCGUGUCAUGAGGACGCGCACUACUGCGUGUCUAUCAAUAAGAUCGCGCGUUGCAUAUUAUGUACGCGUCAGCAUAUAAGUGCGUCUUAAGUCAUACUUAAAUCUUUGUGAAACACCCCCCCCCCCUGGUAUUCUAAUUGAUUAAUUCAAGACCGUGUGCCAUAUUUGAGCAUGAUCAUGUUGUGCCAACUUGUGUACUCAACAAAACUUGGAAUUUAUAAUGUGAUUUGAAGUUAACCCUUAGCCCCCCCCCCCCCCCCUCUGAUCGAUACAUCAUAAGAUUCCAACUUUUGUAACAAUUAACUCUGUCAGAGCUCAUUCACAUUGCAAACAAGUUUCAGUUGGUCUACUCGCACCACAACCAGGCAGGCUUUCAAUGAUGUGCUAUGAUAAACUGCAGCAACAAUGGAAGGGGACACAUGGCCUUGGGCAUGUCCCAACAGGGGUACUUUUGUAGAAGAAGAAGAAAAUGUAUGCAUGCACCGAGUUCUUAUAGACUAGCAUUUGUUGGUGCCAUGGAUGAAUAUGCCUUGAUGAUUAGAAACAAGUGUACUGUGUAUACUAUGUUGAAAUGGACAUCGGGCGCUGGUGCCAUUAGGUACACAAUUAGUCAUUGUAGCUUUCGUUCAUAUUUGUUUACUCACUGUCACUCCAGCUUUAACCCCCCCCCCCCCCUAUUCCUGAGAUCAGUUUUAGGUUAAAGUUCUGUUAAAGGUCACUGAAAAUAAACAGGGUUUGCUUUGAAAGUAUAUGUAUCUUAAAGGAAUGUGAUUUCUGAGACGAUCUAUUUGUAACUCCACAUUACAUGUAUGUAUAAGAUCGUUUACAACAGUUAUGCUCACUGCAUGGCCUUUUCCGUUAUAGAAUUUCAUUUGUUUGUGUAUUUAGUCAAAAUUACUUUUAGGUAUCUGUUUGUGAGUCACUGAAAUUUUCUCAUCAAUUUUUUGUGUUUUUCAAUUUGGUAAUGGUCCACAUAUUUCUGAUUAAAGCUUCCAUUUUGGAUUAUCUUUCUGUUGUUAUUUUACCCAUCGUCAGCCCAUGAAACUAUCCCAGUUGAAGUUAACAUUAAUUUCAAGAAACAAAUUCAAUUUUUGUAACAUUCCUCCCAAGUAAUUUGAAGAUACCAGUUUAACCAGUCUUCAUUAAUGGUUUUGUUUUUUGUUAGUCAAAUCAUGCAUGUUACAAUGAAAGUAGAAAUAAAUAUUGUUAUGACUUGUAUAA